AGAGGGCCUACAGGCUCUCUCUCACAGCUGCUCUCCAGCAAUGAAGGACAGACAGGCACACACACACACACACACAUGCACACAGUUUGUGUAACGUGGUUUUCGCAGCAAGGACAGGGGAGCCUCCUGCUGUGGAGGAAAGCCUGAGAAACUCAGCUCACUGAUUUCAGCAGAGGAGACUGGAGAUGAUGACACAGACUGGCAGUCUCCCCCUCUCUCUGCACUGGCUGGAUUCCCAUAUAUCCAGCAUCAUUCCAGAGCUCAUCUGAUGAGAUUCAGUCUAUGAGGUUUUCCAGUUCUUUCCACUAGUUUCGCUGCGCUCUCUGGAUGAGAGUUUCGGAUCAGUUUCUCUUCUGACUACAGUGGUUUGGGGGUAGUCUGAGGUGCUAUAUUGCACCUAUAACCACAGUGAUAUGACAGAAUACUAACCACACUACACUUCUACAUCACUGCAACAAGCUGAGACUUCAAACCAAUGUCACCUGCACAGUUGUAUGCUGUUUUGUGCACAAAGGCACCAUGGGAAAUAUAGUUCAAUGCUGCCAAACACUGUCAGACUACUUUAAAUGUAAGGACACACCGGCCCGGGGGGAGGCGGAGAGGUCCCCUCUGCUGUCCAGUGAAGAGAGCGACUGUGAAUCGCCAUGCCUGCCGGACGACCUGGAGGACGACCUGUUACCCUCCUCCAGCGGUGUGACGAACCCGGCCCUCGAACCGGAGCACUUCCUGUUUCCCGACAUCAUCCUAAGCAGCAACCUGGGAGGGGACGUGACUCUGGUGGAGCCGAUGGUGUGUCUGCUGGUGUCUGAGGAGGAAGAGGGAAGAGGUGAUGGAGUGAGGGUGAAUGAGCCAGGAGAUGGAGGACAAGAUAGGAGCAACACGGGGAGGAGCAGGGGGUAUUCUGAGGUUGAGACACAGACAGAAAUGGAGACGCAGAUUGGUAUGGGGGUGCAGACUCAGACAGAGUCACAGACAGAAGUUCAGACGCAAACAGAAAUGCUCGUGUGCAGUAAUCAGACUAUGGAGAGAGAAGUAAAUACACUAACAAGCACUGUCACUACAAAAGAGAUGGCGGUGGAUGUUAAGGAAGAACAUGAAAUAUUGAAACAGGUGGAUGUGCUCCUGGAGAUACAAACAGAUACACAAACAUCACGAGAGAGACGCUCGGAAACUGUCACUACUACGCCGCCAGAGAAACAAUAUAUGAGGAUACCGGGCUCUGGAACCUGGUCUGACAGAGAAGCUUUUGCAGAGUUAGAAGAGUCAGGGAAGGUGGAAAGACAGACCGAGAAAAAAAAUCUGGCCCUCAGAGAGGAAGCUGAACAGGAGAAACUGAAAGAGAAUCACAUCCACGAGCAGACAUUUAAAACAGAACAAAACAUGGCGCUAAAUGAGGAGUUAAACACUGACGAAGAGAGUGUCUUUCAGUUGCAACAGAAGACUAAAGUUUCUCGGGGAAAUACAGACAUUCCCUGGACCGAGCGCCACACUUUUCAGACACAGGAGGACGUAAAAGACAACGAAGGAAACAUUCAAUCAGAGCGCCCUUCAGUGAUGCUGACUGAACACAGUGUAAACAACAUGGAUGAGAACACUGUCGUACAGAUGAAGCUGAUAAAAAACAGCUCUAACAACACUGAUAUGGGGAAGAACUUUGACCCUGCCGAGUGUCGUGGAGCCCUGACACAACAGAGGAAUCAGGAUAAUGACCAGAUGGGAGAGGUGACCGAGGUGUCAGAUCAGAAUGUAAAUGAAAAGGACCAUAGCAUGAUCCACACAGAAACAAGAAUAAGUCCGUCUGAGGACCACACACAUCAGACAGCUCAUCACCCCAUUUUGAAUGCAGAACAUACUCAGAGCCAGGAAAAGUUGCACCCGCCAAAGAGGGAGGAGGCUGACAACAGCAAGACUGGUCUGCAGCAGGUUUUGGGGUUGGAGACAGCUCUGCAACAGGUGGAGGAGGAAGGAUCUGAGAUGAAGCAAAUUACCUUGUUUUUAGUUGACAGGCUGUUUCUGGCAGCACCACAUGGCAAAGCACCUCCAAGUCAAACUGAGGAAAGCCCAAAGGAUGAUCAUCUGGAGCAGUCAGAUCCUGAUAAAAGGGAACAGCUUAGCAUCCGUGACAUAGUUGAUCUCCAAGAGACAGGCUUUAUUGUCAGAAUUCAACCUCCAGGAACAGAAAGUUUUGAGCUCCAGGUGUCAGGCCAGAUGUUGGUGGCGGAGCUGCACCAGGUGCUGAUGGACCAUGAGAUCACCUGCCACCGCACCUGCUUCUCUCUCCAGCUGGGAGGCACCACGCUUGACAGCCUCACGGAGCUGCGCUCCAUCCAGGGCAUCCAGGACGGAGCGCUGAUCAAGUUGGUGGAGGAUUCUUAUUCAGUGCGUGAUGCUCGUCUUCAUCUCAGACAUGUAUGUGAUCUUCUGAGGAGCCUCGACCCUGCAGAUGCGUACAACGGAGUGAACGGCAGCUCACUAUCUUACCUCACCUUUUACACCAGAGGAGACAAGGAUUAUGAAAGUGUGGCGAAGAGGCGUGUCGCUGAAAAGGAGUCUGUUGACUGCAGCCCUCCAGAAUACAUCCUCCCCGGAUGUAAGGACCGACCACUUACCCCACUGCAGCCCGUCAGAGAUGACUGGAAGCCGUUACAGUGCCUGCGCGUUCUGACCAUGAGCAGCUGGAACCCUCCACCCGGGAACAGGAAGAUGCAUGGGGACUUAAUGUACCUCAACGUCCUGACUAUGGAAGACAGAGAACUCAACAUUACAUCCUCUACCCGUGGUUUCUACCUCAAUCAGUCAACUGCCUUCAACUUCAACCCGAAACCUGCAGUUCCCAAAAUCCUUUGCCACUCUCUAGUUGAGCUGCUGAGUCAAGUCAGCCCUGCUUUCAGGAAAAACUUCACUGCCCUGCAGAAGAAGAGAGUCCAGCAACACCCUUAUGAGCGGUUCGCAGCACCUUUUCAGGUGUUCACCUGGACUGCCCCUCAUGGAGACCACGCCCUCGACUGUGUCAGAGCGGAGGAGACACACACCAGUCACAUGGGCCAGGACAAGCACACAGCUGGGCAGAGUCGGGAAUGGAAUGAGGAGCUGCAAGGAUGCAGAGAACUCCCGAGGAACUCCCUUCAGGAGCGGCUGCACAGAGAGAGGAGCAUAUUUAAGACCAACAGUGACUUUGUUGCCGCUGCAACACAAGGUGCCGUGGCUGUUAUCGACGGUAACGUCAUGCCAUUAAACCCAGGUGAGGCGCCUCAUAUGCAGAUGUUCAUCUGGAACAACCUCUUCUUCAGCUUGGGCUUCGACAUAUCUGAGCACUACCGCCCACUGGGGGGCAACACUGCUGCUCAUGCUGCUGCCAUCUGCGACUUGAGAGGAGCACAGGCAUACGCAUCUGUCGACACAGAGGGGCUUCACACACUUGGGACAGCUGUGGUGGAUUAUCGUGGAAUCCGUGUUAUCGCUCAGACAAUUGUUCCUGGGAUACUGGAGAAAAAUCAGGAGCAGAGUGUAGUCUAUGGCUCGAAUGACUACGGAGCAACUGUUUUUACGCACCCCAGGUUUCUGGAGCUUCUGGAUAAAACCAGUAAACCACUGAGAAUCCAGCGUCACCAGGUGCUCGACCACAACAACAUUCCAGUGGAGCUGUGCUCUGGCAUUGAGACCAAAGGCAUCCUGGGUAAUGACGGACGACCUUACAUCCUGGACCUUCUCCGCACCUUCCCCCCAGACCUGAACUUCCAGUUCUCAGAGACAGGCGAGACGAGGGAGGAGGUGCCAAAGGAGUGUCAGAGCUUUGGUUACCCACGGCGACAUCGUCACAGCCUGGCCAGCCUGAGACCAGAGCUGAUAGAGGCCUUUGUCCAGCACAGGUAUGAACUGUAUGUCAGGAUGGUGGCCCAGGAGCUCAACCAACUGGAAGAGCAGGAUAACGCCACAGAGCAGAGUGAAGUGCCGGUCUGUGAGCCAAGAACUGGAGAUACAGUCACAGCCGGUGCUGACAAGGAAUUGCAGGGAAGAGAUAUGAUCAUGAAAGCUUGUGAGGCUGUAGGAUCAGUGAGUGACUGUCGCUUUGACAUCCGCUUCAAUCCUGAUGUUUGCUCUCCAGGCGUUCGUUUCUCAUCUGAGUUUGUUGAGGAGGUUCAGAGGCAGAGGAAGAUGUUGUGGGAUGCAGCUGCUUUUCUGCUGUCGAAUCAGAUUCCAGCUGUGCUGAGGGACUGUCUCGACCACACAUCAGUGCCGAUGGAUGGGGCCACCCUGACCUCAGUGCUUCAUCAGCAUGGUGUGAAUGUUCGGUACCUGGGCACGCUGCUGAGGGAGCUGCACACAGUGGAGGAGAGAGGGAGACUCAGCCACAUACAGAGAAUUUCUAUCAGUGAAGUCUUCAUCAGAAGUGCAAAACACAUCUUCAGGACCUAUCUACAGGAUGUGGAACCCGCAGCCUUCUCUGCUGCAGUCAGUCACUUCCUGAACUGCCUCUUGAGUUCCUCCUCCUGCGUCCCCGACUCCUGCUCAGAUGAGCUGCUCUCUCGUCGCAGGAGCCGACGUCGGCGGAGCCACGGGAGUCGAGUUGCCAUGUUGACAGAUAGUGUGUGGGCUCGACUGACCCCGAAUGAGCUGUGGGGCAGGAUCAGGACUGAGGCUGGAGAUUAUUACCACUACACACUUGACUGUGACAGUGUAGAUGAAGUAAUAGAAAAGCACGGCCUUCAGAGGAUCUCCCUCCUGAGAGAGAUUGCCAUCAAGACGGGCAUCCAGGUACAGCUGAGGGAGUAUGUGUUUGAGUCUCGACACAGGCCGGUGUUCGGUGAGGAAGAUGUCGUCAACAUGUUCCCUGUGGUCAAACAUCUCAAACCUUCAGCAACAGAUGCCACACAGCUUGUGCAACAGGCACAGGUGGCAGUACAGCAGGGGCUUCUCAAAGAGGGCUAUGAAUUGAUCAGCCAGGCCCUGACUCUGUUCAGCAGCGUAUGCGGGGUCCUACAUGAGGAUGUGUGCAUGUGCCUGCGUCUCCUGGGACGGCUCAGCUACAUCUUGGGGGAAUAUGCAGAUGCUCUCAGCCACCAGGAAAAGGCUGUUAUGAGCAGUGAGAGAGUCCAAGGUAUAGACCAUCCACAGACCAUACAAGACUAUACUUAUCUGGCACUGUACUGCUUUGCCGGAGGCCAGCAUUUGACCUCCCUGCAGCUGCUGUAUCGUGCUCGGUACCUCACCCUGCUUGUGAGUGGAGAAGACCAUCCGCAAGUCGCACUGCUGGAUAGUAUGCUGGGUCUAGUGCUUCACGGGCUGAUGGAGUAUGAGCUUUCCCUGAAGUUCCUACAGAAUGCCUUAAAUUUAACCUCGAAAUACCGCGGUGCCACAUCCCUGAGGCAUGCACACAGUCAUCAUCUGCUCGCCACCGUAUACGAGACCAAAGGAGAGUUUCGAUCAGCUCUGCAACACGAGAAAGAGGCUUAUUCAAUAUAUAAGAGCCAGGUUGGUGAGAACCAUGACAGUACGAAGGAAAGCUCAGAAUACCUGAAGAGCCUCACUCAGCAGGCUGUGGUCCUUCAGAAAGCCAUCAACCAUAUCUACAGUAACACACCUAGUGCCUGUAUUCCACCUCCAAAGUUUUCCACUCCGAGCCUUCCUGCAAUCCUUCAGCAGCUCAACCUGACAUGUGGAAUCAUUCUCAUCCCCCUCAGUGCAAAAGAAGUCGCAGACCUGAGGACUGAGAUCAAAGGAAAGGAAAAGCUUCAAGUGGAAGAGCUGGAAAAUCUGUUAUCAAAGCAAAAAGACUGCAGAACUGCACACAAAGGACAACUACACUGAACUACGGACUAUUACAAUCUCCUGUCAGACUUCUGUAAAUGACCACAGACAAUGAGCAACAAUGGCCAAGGAGAGCCAGGCACAUGGCUGGUGUUAAUAAGUUGGUUAGCCUACUUUGGACAACAACUACAGUAUAGGCACAGACAGGUGUAGAAAGUUUGUUCUGCAGUUGUGUGUGAAGGACUGGAUGUCGAAAAGAGCCUUAUCUUAUUCAAGCUAACCAGGAUAUAGCGUUUGUUGAAAUAUAUGGAAUCCAUGAAUGAACCCUGGAGGCUGUAACUUUGAUGGCAAAUACAUAACUCUCAUCCUUUUUGUCACAGAAAUGCAUAAACCCUAGACUCUAAAUAAAAUGAAGGAUUAGACUGCUAGAUUACUGGAAAAGCACAGUAUGUCUGGGCCUACUUAGAAAAUAAUAUAGCAUCUAUGAACUAAAAGUCCAAAUUUCUUACAUUUUUGUUGAUAUCUUCUUGCAAUUCCCUGUGUGUCCACUGGGUUUCACACUUGAGCCAUGAACACUUCUCAGAACAUGACAGAAAAUGUGUCUAUGCCUGAAUAUUAAAAUUAUCUCUAUGAGUGUUUUGGAUGUGCACUAGCAGCCCAUUACACCUUAAUACACAUUGUUGUCAUUAAUAUCCAGGUGACUGUGGGGAAACAAUAAUAAUCUUAGAAAUUGUUCUAGAUUCUAUGAGAACAUGUCAGAUUAGUGGUUUAUAAAUGGCAUAAGAUGGAAAUCAAAGCAUUACAGUUUGAACUGGUAUUGUUAUGAUUUGUUAUAUUAUUGUUAUAUCACGUGACAUUUUCUGGAAUUGGUCCACAGACAUAAAAUGUAUAAUUGACUGUGAGCGUAGUAAAUUUCAUUUUAGAACUGUUAUUUCACUAUAUGGCUUACCACUGUUAAUCUGAAAAUGUAUUCAAAUAGUUGGUGUAAAAUUAUUUGAAGUGCUAUAGUUUCCUGGGAGUUCUUCCAUUAUUCACCAUCCCAUUAUUCACCAUCUAUGUAGCAGCUGCAUGAUUCGUCAUCAUCACUACGCUACAGUCUGUCCUUCUGCUGCUCAUCUCAAAUAAAAACGUAUUAUUUACUAUUAAUAUUGUUCAUAUUCUAAAUUGUGUACAUAGUCACAGUAAUAAAAAUAACGCAUAUAACU